AAUUAUGUUAUUACAGGCUAUCCUGAAGGCCAUCCUGAUUCUGAUAAUAAAGCUCAAGAUUUACGAUAUCUCAAAGAAAAGGUUGAUGCUGGUGCUGAUUUUAUCAUCACACAAUUAUUUUAUGAUGUGGAUCUGUUUAUAGACUGGGAGAAAGAAUGUCGUAAAAUUGCUAUAAAAGAUUAUGGCGUGUCACUUGCAAUAAUUAUGAUCACUACAUUAUAUGAACAAUAUAACGUUAAAGGGUUCCACUUUUGUACAUUGAAUUUGGAAAAAUCCGUACGGUUAAUAUUAGAAAAACUGAGAUUUGUACCAACAGAGGAAGAAAGAAAUUUGAGACGCUCUAAUAAACGAAGACCUAGCAUUGGAUUCGUCACUAAUGACAUUAUUAGACAGCCUGAUGGAUCGUUGCCUGCCGCAAAACCUAUUAUAUGGAAAGAACAGAGCGAAGACUAUUGGGGGCGAUCGGAUGAUUGGGAUAAUUUUCCAAAUGGUCGUUGGGGCAAUUCAAAAUCACCUGGUGCUUGUGAUAAUUUUUUUCAUGAACCUUUGUCAGAAGAAACAGAAGCAAUUCGUCCAAAUCUUAUUAAACUUAAUGAAUUUGGUUAUCUAACAGUAAGUUCACAACCAGCUGUUAAUGGAGUUAGAAGCGAUGAUGUAAACUUUGGUUGGGGUCCAAAGGGUGGAUAUAUAUAUCAAAAAUUUUUCGUUGAAUUUUUUGUAAGCCCAGAAAUGUUUGAUAAAUUAAUUAAAGUGAUCGAUGAUAAUUGCUGGGUUACAUAUUAUGCUGCAAGGAGGAACGAUGAGUUUAAAAAAAAUGUGAAAGAAGAAACAUCCGCUGCUGUCACAUGGGGUGUGUUUCCUGGUAAGGAAAUUGUUCAACCAACCAUCAUUGAAGAAGUAUCAUUCAAGGCUUGGAAAGAAGUGGCUUUUGAAUUAUGGUCUGAAUGGGAAUGUCUAUAUCCAAAAGAUUCGAUAACACAAAAAUUAUUAAAAGAUAUAGGUGAUAAUUGGUGGUUGGUUAAUCUUGUGUAUAAUGAUUAUGUAAACCCAGAAGGCGUUUGGAAAAUUUUUUGGCAAUGA